AUGAUUUUUCCGAUCGUGAUCACCACAUCUUAUCAAGGUGAAGAGCACCGCAAUGCUUUGCAACGUAGAAUCAUCGAAGCCAUCGAGAAGGACACGGGAAUGGGAGUUGGAAAAUGGGCCUUCUGGGGUAACUUUUGGUUCUAUCCAUACUACAAUCGCAGCUCCACAACCCUGACACCAACGCAGCUCUACGAGGUGCUGGACCAGGAACUGGACCUUUUCUUUCCUGAAGAAGCAUUGCGUGACUUGCAAGCAUUGGAGAAAACAUAUAGCCCUAGCCCACGUCACAUUCGCCAACCUGUCAUUCCAACAUACUAUAACGAGUAUGAAGAGUACGAAGUCGAGCAGGAAGAGUGGGUCAACGAGCGCAUGGCAGUCGUUGUCGAUGAUGAACAGCUACGAACCGUUAAACUCUUUAUGGUUGAUUGGUUCGAUAUGUACCGGCGUACUUGCCGACGUCAUAUGAAAGCUGGCGAUACGCUCAGCAAGGAGCAAAUCGAGUUUGCAACGAAUACUGGUAACAGCGACGAGGAAGAUCAAAUGGACGACGAAGGCAAGAACCCUUUAAAGAUGGGGCAGAAUAGCAACGACGACGGCCAAGAAGACGUAUGUCUGGCGUUAGGACACAAAUAUGCCGCAUGGUUUCUGGGUAAGAAGACAGCGAAAUGGUGUCGAUUGCGAGGCAUCCUCGCGACUAGGAUCCUCCCAAGCGAAGUCAGCGCUGCCUUCGUAAACCUGUCGCAGGCUAACAUGGACUUUGAAGAUUUUGUCGAAGACCCAGCGAUCACAGCCGAGUCGGAAAGGCUAAGUCCUCCUCUGGUACCUCCCACGAGCGAAAGUGUGCUCCAGAGCGAUCGAACUGAGUGA